CAGGAAAUAGAAAAAGUAGUACCCCUCACCACACUCCGACUCGCGUUUUAGCUAACAGUCAGUUCAAUUGUCUGAAAUCCUUUCUCAAACCCUAAUUUCUACUCGUAGAGUUUCUCCGUUUUGUGAAAUGCUCUGCGGAUGAAAGACCUAGAAGAUGCUUCCGGGAGGAAAGUACGGCGUUAAUUUUUGGUGGAGAAAUGUUGCCUUAUGUUGGUUGUUUUGAGUAUCCGAAAACUUCGGUGAUAUAAUUAACGGUAAAGGGGAUUUUUAGGGGAUUUUGGUUCUAUAUAUAAAUGGCAAGUCUGGAAGAUAUUGUAACUGCGACAAAAAUUCUUUCGGAGGAUUCUGACUCCAUUAUGGGCGGCUCGGGUUCAAAAUCGAAAGAAAAUGGGGUUGGGACUUCUGAUGUGAGGGAAGAUGGUGUUGGUAGUGCGGCUGCCCCUGCUGCUGCUGUUGUUAGUGAAGGAGUCCUCCAGAGUGGAACUGUUGUAGAGUCUGCGUUUGUUGGUGGUAGUGCAGUGGGCUGCGGUUCGGGUGAUCAGGAGAAAGACAAGAGCAGUGUUUCUUAUGUUACUACAAGUGUUUCUGUCAAUGGGAGUAAUAGUGGGGAUGCUGUCGUUGGAAGUGAGGGAAAGAAUAAAGAUGGUGAAGGUUCUUUUGCAGAUAAUGGGGAAGGUAUGUGUGCUGACAAUGUAAAAUUGAAUGGAAGCGGGAGAGACUGUUUGUAUCUGGAUGUGGAUGGAGACCCAAAAGGAGAAGAGGAUGUUGAGAAGUUGGGAAAUCAGGACGACGGUUUUUGUCCGGGGGAUUUUGUUUGGGGCAAAAUUAAAAGUCAUCCUUGGUGGCCUGGACAGGUCUAUGAUCCCGAAGAUGCUUCAGAAUUUGCCAUGAAAUGUAAACAGGAGGGUCGUCUCCUGGUUGCCUUCUUCGGGGAUGGAUCUUGUUCUUGGUGUUUGCCGACACAGCUGAUACCCUUUGUGGAGAACUUUGUGGAGAUGUCAACAAGAAGUAGUUCUAAGAGCUUUCUCAAUGCUGUGCAGAGUGCUGUUGAUGAGGUUGGUAGGCUUGUGGAGUUACAGAUGACUUGUAAAUGUAUACCAGAGGAGAAAAAAGAUGCUCUUGCUAGGCCAACGGUGGUAAAUGCCGGACUGAAAGCAGGAGUUCUCAGGCCUGAGGUUGAUAUUGAUCGCCUUUCUAUACACGUAUAUGAAUCUGCGGAAUUAAUUGAAAAAGUGAGGGAGUUGGCAAAGGCUGCUCCUCUUUGCAGCGCUCUUGACAUUGCAGUCAUAAGGAGUUGGUUGUCUGCAUUUUAUUGUUCUAAGGGCAGCCAUCAGUUGCCUGUAUAUCAUGACCCCCUUCCAAUUGAGGGUCUGGAAGACAAGAAUAAAAAUGUAGAUGAGGUUUCAGAUGACUUCAGUGUUCCAAUUGAAGUCCCUAUCAUGGGUCCACAGGAUGAUGACUGGCUCUCUUCACCCACAGGUGGUGCUGUAAAUUCCCAGGGACGGUCUGAUAAUAAGAUUUAUCAUAAAAGGAAGCAGAAAAGUGUUGCUGAGCUCAUGGGAGAAAAGAAGACUAUCAAGCCUGAAAGUGGGAAGAGAGUUACAGUCAAAGAGGGAACAGAUCUCGAGAAGCCGGUAUCCUCCCAAAAGAGGAAGAAGAAUAAUGAUGGAGAAGCAGAGGGAGGUGGAGGGGCUUCUUCAACUGGGAAGACUGGUAGGAAGAGGAAGGCCGAGGUUUCGGAAUCUGCUGCAAUAACAGAUGAAAAGGUUCAGGUUGCGCAUGGUGUAAGUGAAGGCCCAAUGUCAGGAAAACUGAAGGAAAUUAAUGUUGCUGAUGUGGAAAAUACCGACUCCAAAGAGGAAUCAGAAAGGGUGCUUUCUCCAAGGGAAAGGAAGAAGAGUAAAUACUUAUCCCCUCCGUACACUAAUCUUACAUGGAGAACGGGAAAUUCAAGCUUUCGGACAGAGUCAGAAAAUGAAGAUGAUAAAAGCAUGAAGGUAGCUCAGGCCGGAAACCACACUGCAGAAGCAACUGGAGAUAAGUCAUGUGAGCAAACGUUACCUAAUGGCCAAACUGAAGGGGUUGACAUUUCUGUUGAUACAAAUCCACAGACAACUGAGGACAAUAAGAAAAUGACUUUUCCUGCAUCUGAUGUUGAUGCUCAUGUUAAUGAAUUGCUAUCAGAGAUACAGCUUGCAGCUCUUGAUCCUUUUUACUUGAGCGAGAAGGGUUCCCUUGAUAUGGUCUGGGCAUUUGUUUCUGCACUCAGAAGCUCAACCUAUUUACAUGGACCAGACUAUAAAAUUUUCCGCAAAUGCACGACCGGGGGGAAGAGAAAAUCACUGCCUUCUCAGCUAGGAAAUCAACAAAUUGACUCUAUGCAGAAAAAGGUGAAAUCACCUGAGCAAAGUACUCCCAAAGCAUUGAAAGCAGAAGGAACGCCAGAUACAUCCAAGUCCAAGAAAACCACUGAGGUUUUUGCUUUACCGUGCCUUAUUCUGGAAUUCACCUCCGGAUUUCCGUUGCCUUCAAAGGAAGAUAUCGUAAAGCUGUUCAGUAAGUUUGGGAGCCUGAAUAGAAAGGAAACAAAAGUGGUAACAGAUUCUCACUCGGUCCAAAUCGUCUAUGUGAAGGACUCUGAUGCAGAAGCAGCCUUCAAGUCAUCAUUGAGUCAGAGCCCAUUUGGCUUGGAGAAUGUUAAUUACAGGUUGCAGCGUUCUUCAGCUGGUUCACGGUCUACCAGAUCUCAUACAAAAGUCUCUCCACCUCUUAAACGGGCAAUUGAAAAACGCAACUCUUCGCAUCCUGCUGAUGAUUUGAUUUCAGAUGCUAGCAUCAUAAGGCAAAAACUGGAGAUAAUGACAGCUAUUCUGGAAAACUACCAUUCCAAAUUUUCACCGAAGGACAAGUCUAACUUGAAGGAUGAGAUGAAACAUCUUAUGGAGGAAGUUGAAACGAUUAGUGAGAAGGUAAGAGUGAUGGCUGAGAAUUCCUCAUCUUGAAGAAUGUCGGAGUAUGAAACUGUGGUAUCGAUCCAGUCUACUAAGUGUUUGCUUUGUUGAAUCACAUCUCUGUUUCCGGUGGCUGACGAUGCAUCAGGACAAGUACUAAAUUCCUUUUAUUCUCUUUAGCACUCGUUGUAUAUUAGUAAGAGAAUAAUCAGUGGUGUUCUUGUAACUUGACACUAUUGGAUUAGCCGUUCUUUAGGUCAUAAACGGGCUCGGUUCUUCAGAAGACUUUUAAGUUAUUGACUGUUGAAAUUUUAAUCAUUAUCUAGUCCCGCUUUUCUGUUUA